AUGCGAGUGCGUAACAUGGGAGCGUCCCGGACUAGUUUGAAACAAAACUCCGCGCAGUUCGAUACGUCAUUCCUCGCAAACACGUGGACGGUGCGGAAGUGCGGAGAUGUUCACAUAAGCUGUAUUGAUCAUAGGUGGUCCGGAUGUCUCGCUCAGAAGUGCUGUCUCUCUACAGGAGGGUCCUGCGCAUUGCACGCAGUUGGAAGGCUCAGUCUGCUCUUCCACAGGACACUGACACCGAGCGGAAAUAUAUCGCUCAGGAGGCCCGAACCCUCUUCAGACAGAACCAGCAGAUAACAGAUCCAGAAUCAAUCCAGAGAUGCAUUGAAGAGUGUGAAGCUCGGAUAGAGAUCGGACUGCAUUAUAGGAACCCCUAUCCCAGACCAACGUAUCUUCCACCGAUGGGUCUCGCCACUCAGAAAGGUAGAAAGCUGCGAGCUCAGCAGAGACUGAGGAAACAAGCCAAACCUGUGUACCUACAGUCACAUGACGAUACCUGACACUAACAGACUUCACUGUAAUGAUCUUAAACUGUGUAGGACAUCGUGUUGAAAAGCAUCAGGGAACAUUAUAAAGUUUGCUGGUUCAUGUUGUUUAUAGCUUAAAACAUAUUACCCUCACUGCCAGUGUAAAGCAUGAUGAGUGUUAACGUGAGCUGUUUUGAUUCAUGUUAAAAGGUGUAUUUAUUUUGUUGUCAUAAAGUUCUCAGGUAAUGUUGCAUUCAAAGUAUCUAGCUGCAUUUCUAUUAGUUUAUUUCUCAUCAUUCAUUAAACUUUAGAGUUUACAUUAGAAAUGAUUUCUGCACAGAAGUUAUGUUAAAGUCACCAUGAAACUGAAGACUUUUCCCUAUUGUGAGGUAUAUCUGAGUGAAACGGCUUCUCAAACAAGAACAAAUGUAGGGCGGGGCUUGAUUUUGUCUGUGAGGAAUUGAUUGGAUGGUUGUGGUUUGCUGUUGGUGAAUCUCGUGAGUGACAGGUUGCCCCGCCCUCAUCAUCGGAGAAGUCGCUUCAAGAGGGAGAGGAAAGUUAUUUUGAUUCAAGAUUACGAGACGUGAAUUAAAAAUAAUAAUGUGCACAGAUGAAUUCAUUUAUAAUAAAUACUUAAAUAUUCCAUAAAAACAA